GGCGGGACUCGGUGCACCUAAACAGACGGAGGGCUCUUGCUUUGCUCUCAGUGUGUCAAUUCUGCAUCACCAGAGGAGUCAUCCGCACAGCUGUAGCAGCUCUGCCGGCCAACAUAAACACUGCGGAGGGAGAACCGUUUCUCCAGCCUGUCUCGGACCGUCCAGCCUUUGUUGCCGUCAGACAGCUGAGCACUGCGGGAGGACGAAUUUGCAGAGCCCGAUCCGUCGGCGGCGGAAGGGACGUGAUAUGAACCCCUCAUCGGCUUCACGGCAGCGCAGCUAGACAGCCCCGUUUGCGGGGGGAUCGAGAGGACAUUUGUACCUUUAACCUGCAGUCGAAGGCCCGACAAAAGCGACAGAACCUGCAGCCAUGCCCGGGUUUGAUUACAAGUUCCUGGAGAAGCCAAAGAGACGCUUCCAGUGUCCGCUCUGCAGCAAAGCGAUGCGGGAGCCCGUCCAAGUGUCCACCUGUGGACACCGCUUCUGUGACACCUGCCUGCAAGAAUUUCUGAGUGAGGGUGUCUUCAAGUGUCCGGAGGAUCAGCUGCCCUUAGACUAUGCCAAGAUCUACCCAGACCCAGAGCUGGAGCAGCAGAUCUUGGCUCUGCCCAUCCGAUGCAUCCACAGCGAGGAGGGCUGUCGCUGGACUGGCCAGAUGAAGCAGCUGCAGGGCCACUUCUCCACCUGCGCCUUCAAUGUGAUACCCUGCCCCAAUCGCUGCUCAGUCAAGCUGACGCGCCGCGACUUGCCCGACCACCUGCAGCACGACUGCCCCAAGCGCAAGGUCAAGUGUGAGUUUUGUGGCAGCGAGUUCACCGGCGAAGCCUAUGAGAAUCACCAGGGUGUAUGUCCUCAAGAGAGCGUUUACUGCGAGAACAAGUGCGGGGCGAGGAUGAUGCGUCGCCUGCUGUCCCAACACAGCAUGGCCGAGUGCCCCAAACGCACGCAGCCCUGCAAGUACUGCGGCAAGGAGUUCGUCUUCGACACAAUCCAGAACCAUCAGUACCACUGCCCUCGCUUUCCUGUCCAGUGCCCAAACCAAUGCGGCACACCCAACAUUGCCCGAGAGGACCUGGCUAACCAUAUGAAGGAUAACUGCGGUAGCGCCCUCGUUCUCUGCCCCUUUAAAGAUGCCGGGUGCAAACACAGGUGCCCCAAACUGGCUAUUGGUCGUCACCUGGAAGACACCACUAAGUCCCACCUGACCAUGAUGUGUAACCUGGUGGGUCGUCAGCGGCAGGAGAUCCUGGAGCUGCGGAGGGAGAUGGAGGAGUUGUCUGUAAGCCACGAUGGCGUACUCAUCUGGAAACUCAGUGACUACUCACGGAAACUCCAGGAGGCCAAACUCAGAAGUAACCAUGAGUUCUUCAGCCCGCCCUUCUACACUCACCGCUAUGGCUACAAGCUGCAGGUGUCAGCCUUCCUCAAUGGUAAUGGGAGUGGUGAGGGCUCUCACCUCUCUGUCUAUAUCCGCGUGCUGCCCGGAGAAUAUGACAACCUGCUGGAGUGGCCCUUCUCCUACAAGGUGACGUUUUCCAUUCUGGACCAGAGCGACCCAUCGCUUUCAAAACCCCAGCACAUCACGGAGACCUUCAACCCCGACCCUAACUGGAAGAACUUCCAGAAGCCCUGCAGCAGCCGUAACUCGCUGGACGAGAGCACGCUGGGCUUCGGUUACCCCAAGUUCAUCUCGCACGAGGAGAUCAAGAAGAGGAACUACGUCCGGGACAACUGCAUCUUCAUCAAGGCUUCUAUAGAGAUUCCCCAGAAGAUAAUGGGUUGAGAUGCAAACUUUGUUUUCUGUUUAUGAAGGAGAAAGAUUCGUUAAAGACUGGAACUGAAACUUAACCUUGAGAACUUAUACAGACUUACCCUUUAGACCAGGGG